AUGGGGGUUUUCGAAUACAGGGUGCCCAAAUUCGCGAGUGCCAUAAUAUGGGAGUUAUACGAAGCCGAAGGAAGGAAUUACGUACAGGUUUCGUACAGGGAAAGCGAUGAUUAUACGAAAAAUUUGACGUUGGCGGGUUGUGAUACGAGAUGCGAUUAUGACUGGUUCAGGAAUAAACUGGAGCCCAUUCUGAUGGCUCAGAGAGAUAGGAAAAACGCAUGUGAUAUAAAAGAAGACUGAAGCUGACAUAGGAAUAGGGAAGAUACAAAAUGCUAUUUAUUUAUAUUGCCACAAAUGGAUCUUUAUGAAUAUACAGGGUGUUUCAGUUUAUUGUUGCAUAACU